AUGGUUCCAGCAACCUGGAAACGUGGGAAAAAACGAGCUCCGACUAGGAAAAAUCUUUUUGAAAGGUCAUCCAACUCAGAAUUACAAUUCGGAAACUCGGGCAUAUUUCUAGAGCUCCGAUUUACCGACCUGAAGAUCACUGCCGUCACGAAUUUUUUUAAAGAAGGAAAGAAAUACGUUUUUUCCGAGUUCCCAGUUGUCUUGAAAGUACCACAACUAUGGCAUUGUUCUAUUAAACUGGCCCGGGUUAAAUGUGCCUAUAGCCCGUCGUGUGACUGGGUGAGCGGGAAGCGCCCUGCUCAAAUCGAACAAAUCUGCACGGCUUGGUUAUGUUGUUAACAAGGCAGCAUUGUUCAUGCUUCAGAAACAUGGCUCACAACCAUGCCUGGGAAUCGAAUGCAAUAAACUUUCAGCCAGUGCAAACCAUGCCUACAUUGGCGCCCGGUCGAAUCUCAUAGAAAUGAGUAACAAUUCAACCUAAAACUGUUCGACCUACAUUCCCCCAGUCAAUCUGACGAUUCCCAUUGGUCGUUGGGGAUUGUUUUGUAGCUGGUGACGUGUUUGGUUCCGCCUCCUUAACCAGCGUUGUAAACAAACACUGCAUAAUAUUGCAAGUUUGUCCGUCACCACGAAAAUAUCCUAACUGCAAAAAACGUUGUCUGAGUAGCUAUUGUUAUUUUAACUACAACAUACACGAAACUGGUUCAUCUCCGAUGAAAAAAGUGUUCCUGUUGUCAAGUGUUAGAGACCGAGAGAAAAUCUGCACCACGAUUCUUCUUGUUUGUUUGGAUCCAUCUGUCCGAUAGCUUGUUGGGUCACUUCUUCAGCAAGAAACUAUCUCCUAGACGAUUUAGCAAUUUACUGAUGCAUCUUAGUUGACCAUUUUAGUUGCUGCUCAUAUCUUCGUUCAAAUUAGGUCUUCCACUGAAACCCUGACAACUACUUUAGACAUGGUGAAGCUGACGAAGGCUAAGACGUUCCAGGCGUACCUAGACUCGUGCCACCGAAGGUACAGCUGUGUUCACUGCCGAGCACACUUGGCCAACCAUGAUGACCUCAUCUCCAAGUCUUUUCAGGGAAGCCAGGGACGUGCUUACCUCUUCAACUCUGUGGUGAAUGUGGGCUGUGGUCCUGCCGAGGAGAGGCUGCUACUCACCGGGCUCCACGCUGUGGCAGACAUCUACUGUGAGAACUGCCAUACCACACUGGGCUGGAAAUAUGAGCAGGCCUUUGAGUUGAGUCAGAAGUACAAGGAGGGGAAGUUCAUCAUUGAGCUGUCCCACAUGAUAAAGGACAACGGCUGGGACUGAGAGGUGAAGGGAGAUGUUUUCAUUGAUGUUUCAUCCCUCAUCCAUUGUUCUUCCUGGCCUGAAUGUGUGUCCCCUCACCCUGCGUAAGGGCCAUCGGCUCUGCCACUCCGUCACUUAAUACAGCUUUGCCAAGAGUAGCAUGUGAUGUUAUAUAUAUAUAUAACAUAUAUAUAUAUAUAUAUAUACACACACACACACACACACACAGAGUAUACCAAACAUUAGGAACACCUUCCUAAUGAACAGCCUCAAUUCGUCUGGGCAUGGACUCUACAAGGUGUCGAAAGCGUUCUACAGGAAUGCUGGCCCAUGUUGACUCCAAUGCGUCCCACAGUUGUGAAGUUGGCUGGAUGGCGGAACAUUCUUGAUACACACAGGAAACUGUUGAGUGUGAAAAAUCCAGCAGCGUUGCCGUUCUUGACACAAUCUGAUGCGCCUGGCAUCUACUACCAAACCCCAUUCAAAGGCACUUAAAUAUUUAGUCUUGCCAAUACACCCUCUGAAUGGCACAUACACAAUCCAUGUCUCUAUUGUCUCGAGGCUUAGAAGAGCAGGUGUUCUUAAUGUUUUUGUAUACUCUGUGUUUGUGUGAGAUAUAUACAUACACACACUCGUAGGUUUUAUGAGUUUCAUAUAAAACCUACCCCAGUUACGGGAGCACCUUUGUCAAUAUCCCAAUGUUUAGUUUUAAUGUGGUAGAGAAUGAGCGAGUACAGGCUGUGUGUGUGAGCGCGAGCGAGAGUUUGUUUACACUUGGGCAUGUGUGAGUUGUGUGUGUGUUGCAGUGCGACCACCUUAGCAACCUCACUAAAUCCUACUCAUGUAAUCCGUGCGUCUGUGUGGGAUUGCAGUUAUCAAAAAAACUAAAUUCUCUCAAGUGCAAUUCACAGGGUUGAGACAAUUAGAACGUUAUGCAAAAACAUAGCGCCCUGAAUGCUGUUCCCUUUUUUGGAGUUUUUAGGUGAAUGUGUGAAAAAGCAAGUUAUACCUUGCUUUGUGGGUGUUUUUUUUAAGACUUCAUACUUCAUGUUUGAUGAUGCAAGCAGAGUUGGGAAAAAAAGUAAUUAUGUUUAGUGCUGCUCUGUCAUGUUACUGUUGGAGUAUGAAGUGCAAUACAGUAGGGUGUCUGCGGGGUUAAAGUUCACUUUAAAAUGUCAUCAAUAUAACAUUGGUCAUGUUUUUUUAUCCUUUAAAUGGCAAUCAAUGCAUUCCGUUGUUAAUGAUGUCAAGGGCUGCAGCAUUACAGUUUAAGUGUUUCUGUGCGAUUGACCCAUGUGAGUUUGAAUACUGUGUGUGUAAAUGUUUGGCGUAUGGGUAUUCUCUCUAUGCUGCCUGUGGGUAUGCAUUUUAUGGUUUGUGUGUGUUUAUACAGUGUGUAAGAAGUGUGAGUGUAAGAUUUUAUGAUCAGAUACAGUACUUUCUAGACAGUUAGCAAAUGCUUUAGUUUGGGGGUAAAAUCUAUUGUUUCUGAUGUAAUUGGAUAUCCAUUUUUACAUUAUUUCCAUUUGAGAUCAAUCUUGUAAAUACAGCUUAACACUGAGCAGCAUGUACAUAAGCAUUUAUUUGAUAAUAUUAGAGAGCAGUGUGUAAUAUCACAGGAUUGAUAUAUCUACAAUUAUGUAGUAGAUGGUGACUGUAAGCUUUUCAUUUAAGUGUUUUAUUUGAACCUGAACUUGCAACAUUAAAGUAUGUGGUAAAUAUA